GAAAUGCAGACUGAGCGAGCUCGCCGCUUUCCUCACUCUGUCGUCAACCAACUUCACACUGUGUAACCAUCACAAAGCACUAUCGCUCUUCUUCACAAUGUGUGACGAAGAGGAGGACGAUGAUGAUGAUAACUUCAGGCGAUGAGUCUGGCAAGGAGCGCAUCGAUGUCAAUGCAUCUUGUACUCUUGAAGCCAUUCGGACCCUUAUUGCUUGGUCUACUGAUCUUCGCCUAACUGCCGCCGACUGUUUGAAGUAUUUCCAAGUUCAUUGUCUCGCUGCCAGUUAUCUGACUUUCGUUGUCACCCAUCGGCCUUCCCUUCGUCUGUCUUCUGAGGCGCUGGGCGCCGCGAAGACGGUCAGCUUCAUCUCAACCAUCCCGAACGCAGAAUCUCCAUGAUACCCAUUGCAGAUUUCUCCUCCCUCUCUGUCUCUGUCUCUUACUCUCGUAUCAUCUCUGUUCCACUGAUACAUCGAUACCCCUCUAUACAAUGCAUUUCUUUUGCUUUCACCGACAACCCAUUAAACCCUACAUAUCCCA